GCCAUGCCGUCUCCGUGCAUCGCGCGGCUCUGUCUCCUGUCCUGCCAUCUCGGGCGGUGGGGCCCCAGGCAGGCCUCCGCCAGGGCCUGGCUCGCGGGGCGAGAAAGGGCGGCGUGGGCGCCCCGGCCCUGCAGCCGCUCGCUAGCCACAGACUCGCCGCCGCCGGGGCGGCCCAGGGGACCCUCCAAGCCCGGGCCAGUUUCUUGGAAAUCUUUAGCGAUUACAUUUGCUGUUGGAGGAGCCGUAUUGGCUGGAAUGAAGUACCUCAAGAAAGAAAAAACCGAGAGGUUGGAAAAGCAGAGGCAGAGAAGCAUUGGAAAACCUUUACUUGGCGGCCCAUUUUCCCUCACAACUCAUCUUGGAGAACCUAAAACUGAUAAAGAUUACCUGGGACAAUGGGUAUUGAUAUAUUUUGGUUUCACUCAUUGCCCUGAUGUUUGCCCAGAAGAACUAGAAAAAAUGAUUCAAGUUGUGGAUGAAAUAGAUAGUAUUCCUACUCUGCCAAAUUUAACUCCACUUUUCAUCACUAUUGAUCCAGAGAGGGAUACAAAAGAAGCCAUUGCAAAUUAUGUGAAAGAGUUUUCUCCCAAACUGGUUGGCCUGACUGGGACCAAAGGAGAGAUAGAUCAGGUCGCCAGAGCAUAUAGAGUUUAUUAUAGCCCUGGGCCCAAGGAUGAAGAUGAGGACUACAUAGUGGAUCAUACAAUAAUAAUGUACUUAAUUGGACCAGACGGUGAAUUUCUAGAUUAUUUUGGCCAGAACAAGAAGAAUGCAGAAAUAGCUGGCUCAAUUGCUGCACACAUGAGACAACAUAGGAAAAAGAGCUAGCCGAAGUAGCAUGGCUGGAUACAGUUUUCUCUUGCAAUAGAGGAAAGAUGUUUUGUCUCCCAUUGGAGUCAGCAUAAAUAUAUAUUUAUAUAUAUAUAUGCAUAUACACACUAUCUUCAUACCAUGAGAACGUCUAUAUAUUUUGCAUAGGACAUGACCUUGAGGUAACCACAGUAGAGUCUUUGAACUGUAAUGUUUGAAACUGAAAGUCUUCCUCCCAGACAGCUUACUUGAAAGGAGGGCCAAAUUACUGUGAAACCUGAAGGAGUGAAUCUUAGAGGAGAUUCACUCAUUUGGAGAGGCACGCCCUGUUGCAUUUGAAUUUUCCCAGUAAACAAGGUUCUCUGAUCAGCAUUGUUGUCUCUGGUGUCUUACCUUGCUCACACAAAUUGUGGAACUGAAAUUCUGGGAAGGGACAGUCAUGGUGGGUAGUGGGUACUCCAUUGGAGGUUGUAAGGAAGCUGUGCAUGAAAUUGUACCAUUAAUAGUAUUGUCAACCACAGUGCCUAAAGUAAAUUAAUUUUUUUUAAAGUAUAAUUUCCACAAUGCCCUCAUUUUCCUUUUGGAGUUCUUGGUGGCUGAUCAGUUAAUUAAGACUUAUCAGUUAGGGCUAAAAAUUAGUCUGUAUAUUUGAAAUCUUAAGUGUGGCCUACCUAUGUGCUCUUUUGUCAAUAAGUCUAUUGAAAAAAUAAUAAAGAGGAAAUCUAUUGUUAAAAGCAA